AUGCCAGAGGCCUCGUCGUCAUCGUCUCGCCGCGAGCGACACCGCUACGACGACGACAGCUACGACCGCGACUACCCCAGCCGCAAGCGUCGCCCCUCGCCCGACCGCCGUGAUGCGGAGCUCGGCUCUCGCGAUGACAGGUACGCCGGCAGAGCGACAGCAGCAGACGCGGCAUCCGGCAGCGGCCGGCGCAGACUGUACCCGGAGGACGAAACCUACGACGGCAGGUACAGUUCCUCGACUGAUACUGACGGCUGGGGCCCACCUCGCGGCUAUUCCCGCGAACAGGAACGGUCUCGCCGGCCUCCAUCUCCGACCUGGUCAGACUGGCGCGAGCGCGAGCGAGAGCGGGACAGGCACCGCGACAGGGAGAGGGACCGGGAUCGCGCUUCCAGGCGCGCCUAUGAGGAGGAUGCCUACGCUCGUGGCUGGUCCCGCAGCCCCUCGGCGGAUCGGCGUGGACACCAUAGAGGCGGAUCCAGCCGCGACUACGCGUCCGUUCCCUAUCCUGACGAUGGCCGCCGGCGCGAGGACGACGACUGGCGCUCAUCCGCAGGCGGCGGUGGAAGACGAAGGUCCAGAGAGAGGUGGAGGGACGAAGACAGGUCUUCGCGGGCGCUGCGCAAGGACGGAGGCCGCGCUUACGUUCCGGAACGCGGGAGGAGCCCUAGCCGUAGUCGCAGCCGUAGCCGCAGCCGCGAGCGGCAUCGCGGCAGUCAUCCCAGGCACCACGGGCAGAGACACCGCGAGGAGCGGAGGAGAUCGCGGGAUCGCGCCACCGGCCGCAGCCAGAGCCGUCCUCGCUCUCGAAAGGCUUCUGCCAGCGGCGCCGAGAUGCUCGUCGACGGCGAAGAGGGCGAGCUGGCGGAUCCGUCGCGGCGGCCUCCGAGCAGGUCUGGGUGGUCAGAUCGACAACCCAGCAGAGAGCGGCCGCAUCGCCUGCCGCGGGACGAGAGCGCAGCGACAGCGGCAGCAGCAGCAGCAGGGUCGAAGCCGCACGUCAUAGACGCCGACGCCGCGCUCCUGCCACGGGUGACACGUUCCCGGGCCGAUCCGGCAUCCGUCUCAGAGCCGCAAAGCAACCCAGACGACCCUAGAACAUCGGCCACCUUGCUCGCGACCAAGCCGAUCGUUGCCGAUGGUGCGCCGCUACCUCGACCGAGCCCCAGAGAUCAGGCAGCGGGACAUCCCUCGCCGCUCGACAACAGCUCUCCCUCCCACGGCGGAGCCUCGACGCCUCGGCCAGAGAUGCCGAGCCCUGCCACCACGGUCGACUCGAAAGCGACUGUCUCCGCCGACGACGCCAAGCCUUCCGACGACCCCGCGACGCAGCCUGCCUCUCUGCAGAACGGGACGGCCACGCCGCGUGCGCAAAACCUCGCCACGGCAGCCAACAGCGCCGUUGCCACAGUCACGGCGUCGACCACGACCACGACCGCUCCGUCAGCGACGUCCGGGUGGAGGCGCAUCACGGGCGAGCGGUCCCGCGCCGUCGAGACAAGCAGCGGUACCGCAGCAGCCUCUCCGCCAUCAUCAUCUGGAACGACGCUGGCCUCACCGGCCAUACCCACAGGUCCGCGUGCACUGCAGGCCGCGUCUCCCUCUGCCGCCGUGGUCGCAGCCGCAGCCGGCGCAUCCGCGGCGGCGUCCUCGCCUCUGACCGUUGGGCCAUCCCGGGGCAGGCCGGCCACCACGGCCAACGAGGCCGUGGCGUCGUCAGCCUCGAGCCUUCAGGCCGACCAACGACCUCCUUCGCCGCCGUCGCCACGCUCGGCAUCGACGUCCGCCGUUCCUGUCGAAGCUGUCGCUCCCCUCGAGCGGUCCUUUGGACACGUGCCGUUGCCCAACGAGCUCGAUACCGGCGUCCGGGCAAAGAACUUCCUGAUCGAUUAUGACCCCGCCCUGUCGAAACACAAGUCAAGGGGCAACAAGCCGAUCAAACGGGCGAAGCCGACGACAGCACCGGACGGAAGCGUGCCUCCCGUGGCCGACCCACGUCUGGCGGCCAAGCACGGCGGCAAGCGCGCGGAUCGCGGUCGCAAGGUCGUGAGGAAGCAGGUGAUGACGGUGCCCGCGUACGAGUGGGACAAGCACUCGGUCGGCAAGCGCCCGCCGCCGCCGCCGCGGGAGCUCGUUGUGACCGGCCUGCUUCCGCGCACGACGGAAGGCCAGCUGAGCCAGCAGUUCCGCCUGUUUGGCCGCAUCGAGCGGCAGGAGCUCAAGCUCGAGCCGACGACGGGCCAGAGCCUUGGCAUCUACUCAAUCACGUACGUCCACGACUUUGACCUCGACGGAAAGCCGACCAAGGAGCCGGCGGCGGGCCCGACGCUGCAGAACGGACACGAGGCCGCCGCGGCAGCGCUCAAGGCCAUGGACGGCCGUCGGAUCGGCACAGAGGUGAUCCAGGUCGCCAUGGACCGCGACCGCGCCAAGUACAAGCUGGCCUACCGCACCGAGCUUGGGAGGCGAUACAACAACCAUCGCAGCGGCUCUUCGUCGUCGGCGGCCCAUCGCAGCGCAGAUGGCACCCGCAGCGGCCCGCCGGCUGCAGCGCCGCGCGACGCCGCAGAGGUCCCGACUCGUUCCGACGCUCCUGGCGCCAGCCAGCCGGAUGCCCACGUCUCGUCCUCGUCUUCGAUGCCGCCACCCGUCGUCCCGCGCGGGCCACGGUCGCUGGUCAACCGAUCCUCUGCGACGGCUUCGCCGUUCCGCGCUUCUCCGCUCCAUAGGUCCACGUGGGACUCGGAAUCUGCCGAGUCACCUCGACGGACUGCCGCUGCACCGACAGGCGCCUCGUCAGCGUCGCAGUCUGGCCGCAGCUGGCGGGACGACCGCAGCUACGACCGACGGGACUCGCGCGAUAGCUACGACCGGCGGGGCUCCGGCCCGGCCUCGAGCAGGACGUACCCUGCCAGCUCGUCCUACCGCUCUCGCGACGACAGGCGCUCCACCGACAGAAGGCGGGGUGACGACGACGACGACGACGACAGAGACGACGACGGGCGCAACGACGUCGAGGAGCCGACGGAGCGCAUCCUCCGGCGCUUGGCCGAGCUUGGUCACCCGUACGUCUACGUCACCCGCCCCAACGCCCGCGACAUCGGCGUGUCGGCGAUGCGGCGCCAUUUCCGCGACUUUUCGCCUGCGCUCGUCACCGCCGACGACCGCGGCUUCUACGUCGGCUUUGCGUCGCGCGAUGCGGCGUCGCGGGCGCGGAUGGUGCUCGACAAAAAGGCGCUGCACAGCUACCACAUUUCGAUCACCGUCAGGGAUGCCCCGGACGCCGACUCGAUCCGCAAGGAGGCUCUGGCGAGCAAGCUCUCGGCAGGCCAUGGCGCCGCAGCCCACGGGGGCGACGAGCCUCAGACCGCCGCCGACCUGUUCCGGCGGCGCAGGGCCAUCAUGAGCCAUGGCAGCUCGCACGCAGCCGAGACGGACAAGGCAGAGUACACGCCCGACGAGCUGGCCGAGGCGACCUUUGCGCUCAUCCAGAGGGAGCUCGCCGAGCACUUGAUCCGCAACGUCAAGUCGAGGAUCGUCACGCCGCUCGUCACCGACUUUAUGAAGCCGAGCGGCUCGGGAGGCCGCUUAAUGGCCGGGCUGGUUCAGGAGAUGGCCUCGGCGAGCCAUCCCGCCGGGCCGAAUGGGACCUCGGCCGUGUCGGACGAAGCCAAGCUGCCGUCGUUCCGCAAAAAGCCUGCGCCAGUCGUCAGGAAGCCCGAUCUCGACUUUGCCAUCCCCAAAAAGGCCUCGGCGCUCGCAAAGGAGCGUUCCAGCGCCAAGGCAGCGAGGGGAGGCGAGGGCAAGUUCAAAAAGGGCCGCGCAGCCCUCGAGACGUCCGACGACGAGGCUGGAUCCGCCGACGAGGAGCACCCCAAGCCUGGCCGGCGGAGGCCAUCUGCCGGGGCCAUCGAGGCGGCCGAUGGCAUGGCCAAGGACAAGCCGAGCGCCCGCAAGAAGCUGCCGGACUUUUCAGACGAAGACGACGAGGUGGGCGAGGCAUCCAGGUCGGUCUCUGCGUCAGUCGAGCCGUCGAGAUCCGUGUCGGCCUCGGUCGAACCGUCGGAAGCGGGCCACGAGGCCGGCGAGGCCAGGGCAAAAGCUCGGCCUGCCAAGAAGGCGAGCAAGAAGAGGCCGACGAAGAAGGCGGCGGCGGCAACGGCGGCGGUGACGACCGCGCUGGAGCUGCUGCCCGAAGAAGACGAAGGCGCAGACCUCGAAGCUCCCCGCGCCACUUCCAAAGCUGCUGCCGCUGCGCACAAGGCCAAGUCCGCCAAGGCAGCCAAGACAGCCCCGAUCGCCGACCUCGAUCCGUUCUCGAGCGGCCUCGCCGAGGACGAUGAGGAUCUCUUCUACAUCAAGCUUGCGCUGGAACGCCUGCGCGAGGGUCUGCCCAUCACCGAGGCCGGCUGGCCCGAGCCACUUCCGGGGCAUGAGCCGUCGGGCGCGGGCGGCGAUGGCAAGGGCGAUGACGAUGGCGACGGCGAGGCUGAGGGCGACGGCGACGGCACAAGUGCGGCUGCCUCGCAGCAGGCGCCGCACCACACGGGCGCCGCGCGGACCGAGGGCUUCUACCGGAUCCCCGCGGCCGACAAGGCUGCGCACCUGCCGGACCGCAACAAAAAGAGCGAGCGGGACGCGCCGAGCGUGCACGCGCUGGCGUCGGCGCGCAACAACCGCGCCGACUCGCGGCGGCUGGUGCUGGGCAUUGAGCAGCACAAAAAGGAGACUGCGAGCGACACGGACAUUUUCAAAAUCAACCAGCUGCGCACGCGCAAGAAGCAGCUCAAGUUUGCCAAGUCGCCGAUCCACGACUGGGGGCUGUACGCCAUGGAAAAGAUCCUGCCGGGCGACAUGGUGAUCGAGUACGUGGGCGAGGUGCACUGCUGCACUCCCAACUGCAACGCCAAGAUCCUGACGCUCAACGGCGAGAAGCGCAUCGUCCUUUUCGCACGCACCCUCAUCGAGCCCGGCGACGAGCUGACCUACGACUACAAGUUCCAAGCCUCGGCCGACGACGAGGAUGCCAUCGCCUGUCUGUGCGACUCGCCCGGAUGUCGCCGCUUCCUCUGA